CGUAUAGUGACAUUACAAUGAUUCCUUUAUCAACGGUACACCGCUCAGUAGCGAGAGACCAUUUGUAACUAUGCUGUUGCUCUUGGCUUUCGUUGUCUUGGCAGUUUCAGUGGUCCACUCCGAGGAUUCUGCAUGCAGUCCGGAGAGGGCUGACAGCUGCAGUGCUGGCAUCUAUUACAGCUCAUUGGAAGAUAACACAUUCCUGCCAAAGUCCCCGGAGCAGCUAGAGGAAUUCUGCAAACGGAUCGACAGUGCCCAGGGUUGUUUGAUGAAGGAGGCGGAAGGAUGUCCCGAAAAGCCAAAAAGCUUUCUCCUCGCAGUUGGAGAUGGUUACAAGGUUGCCUUUCAAGAUAUAUGCAACCCCAGCAUGGUCGAGAGGCGAGCAUCAUACCUUCACCAUGCUCAGUGUCUCCAUAACAACUACGGCAAAACAUGUAUGCUCCAAUACCUUCAGCAGCUCGAUUUGGUACUUUUGUCGAACUCUACGACAAAGAUGGCGAUAGCGUGUUGCAAUAUGCAGUAUUACUCAUUGUGCACUCGAGCUUCUGUGACGAAGGCUUGCGGGGAAGACGCCGCCGAUCUUCAAAUGGAGUUGGCCAACGGAAUGGCACAGGCUCCGGUUCUUCGUGUCUGUGGCACCUUCAUUCCCGGCUCUGAACACUGUCGAAACUCGCCCUACAUCCCAGUGGAAGAAGGCGCUGCCCACCCUAUGGGCACCAUGCUUUCGAGAAAGCUCAAGAUUCUGCUCUCCCAGGAAGCUGCGCAUGCCGCCGACCAUAGCACUUACUACUAGCAGAAGUGACGUCAACGCAGUGACUUGAGCCUCAGUUGCGAUUCCUAUCGUUCUUAUUUAGCUGUUGCUUUUAAGCAUUUUUGGCUGAGAAAAAAACUGUCGCACGGGAGUUAUAUUGUAUGCGUAAUAGAAACCAAAAGAGACUAUAACGUCA